AUGGCUUUUAAGGGCGAGGAUCACUUAGAUUCCCUUCCAUUACCAGUUCAGCGCAUGCACUUAAUUCAGGUGGACUCCGUUCAGCGAUGGAUGGAAGAUUUGAAGUUGAUGACAGACUGUGAAUGUAUGUGUAUUCUCCAGUCCAAGCCAAUCAGCAUUGAGAAAAAUGAACAAAAUGAACUUAUGCUUUCCUCACAAUAUAGUACGUGUGAUAACUUGCAGCUGCUGUUAAAAAGAGCUUGGAUCAUAAGCACAGAGCUGACCAGGAUUUCUCAAAAGUUGGAGAGAAAUAGAUGGCAAAGAGUCCACAGCAUGACAGUGAGAGUCAACUGCCAUGUGCGUUCAAUGAUAAAUGAAUACAAUACGUUCACCAGGAAUUCUUCAGAAGAAAUGCACCAGUUUGAAAAACUUCUAUUAGACAAGUGUUCAGAAUUUACAGCAUUCACAGAAAGGUGCAUACAAACUGAAGAUGAACAGAUACUGAAGUCCAUCAAGUCUUGUAUUAAUGAAACGCUCACUACUGUUGCUCAGUAUUUUGGCCAGUUGAUAGAGCUGGUUUUAACACAUGAGGCACAGAACCUACUGAGACAAAUAGAAUUGGCAGACAGUAUGUGCAUCACCGAGUCGGCGAUUAGUAGUUUAUUCAGCCUUACCCAAGAAGGUGCUCAUCUGUGCCGUAUCAUAGCUAAGGAAGGAGGUGUAGUUGCUCUCUUUAAGAUUUGUCGCCAGGAUUGUUUCAGGUGUCUUUAUCCCCAGACAUUGAGAACAUUGGCAUCCAUUUGCUGUGUAGAGGAAGGGAUGCACCAGCUGGAAAAGGUUGAUGGGAUACUGUGCCUGGCUGACAUUCUUACUGAUAACAGCCAUUCUGAAGCUACUCAUGCCGAAGCAGCAGCAGUAAUUGCACAGAUCACAUCUCCACAUCUCACGUUCACACAGCAUCUCAGCAGCUUUCUGGAAAACAUGGAAGAAAUUGUAACAGCACUUGUCAAAUUGUGCCAAGAAGCCUCAUCUGGUGAAGUUUUCCUGCUGGCUUCAGCAGCUCUUGCCAAUAUUACUUUCUUUGAUACCAUGGCUUGUGAAAUAUUGCUCCAGUUAAAUGCAAUGAAGAUUCUUCUUGCAGCAUGUUCAGACAAACACAUAGUGGAUACUCCAUAUUCCCGAGAUCAGGUUGUAACAAUCUUGGCAAAUAUGUCUGUCUUGGACCAGUGUGCUUCAGAAAUAAUUCAAGGAAAUGGUGUUCAGCUUUUAAUGGAAAUGCUCUUUGAAAGGUCAUCUUCAGGAAACUCAGCAGAAGCUGCUGCUUGUGAGCGAGUCCAACAGAAAUCUGCAGUUACGCUGGCACGACUCAGCCGAGAUCCUGAAGUGGCAGAUGCAGCCGUAAAACUCAGCUGUAUUCCUCGCCUAAUUAAACUUUGCAGAUCACCAACCGAAAGAAACAACAGUGAUUCUGUUUUAGUGGCAUGUCUGGCAGCCUUACGGAGACUAGCAGUUAUGAGUCCUGAUGGACUUGAAGAUUCAGAUUUUCAGCAGCUAGUGAAGCCCAGACUUGUGGAUUCCUUUCUGCUAUGCACAAAUAUGGAAGAGAGCUUUGUAUAAAUGUGAGCCAAAAAACAUUUGAAAAAAUAAUAAAGGUGAUAAGCAUACAGCGAAAUAAUACAUACACAAUUUUAUUUAGUUUUAGUUCUAUUGUUAUUUAUGGCUUAUUUAUUUUAAAACCAUGAACACGUGGUUUGUAGGAGCAAAGAAACAGAAUAAGCAACCUUGUUUCAGUGAGUCGCAAAGGUAA